ACCUAUUCGUUCGCCAUCGCUGCUCAACUCAUUUCAAUCUGAGCAAGUAAAGGAUGAGGAAUCAAUGGCGUUUGAUUCUCUUACGGAGUUACCGUUCUUCUUCUUCUUCUUCUUCUCCUCCAUAUCUCUAUCAUCGCUCCCGUUUCCAGGUAAUCACCUCCAAUUCGACCCGAUCUCUCCAGGAACGUUCCCCCUUUACACCUCUGCAACAAAGCCACUCUCUUUAUUCCUUUAGCUCUGUUAACCGAACCUUUUCAUCUAAACCGCCUUCCUCUGAGGCUUUUGUGAUUGAUGUUUUCACUAGACUGAGUAUCACAGACGAGAUCAACAAAGAGCUUAUCUCGAACGGUGUUGUGAUUAGCCAUGACUUAGCUUUGAAAUCCCUAAGGUCUCUUGAAUCAACCCCUGAUGUUGCACAGAGGUUUUUCCAUUGGGUUUUAGAAGCUUCCCCUAAGAAACUUUCAUCCAAGAGUUACAACACGAUGCUGCGUAUUCUCGGUGUUAAUGGACUCGUUGAUGAGUUCUGGAGCUUGGUUGAUGACAUGAAGAAGAAAGGGCAUGGUGUGUCAGCUAACGUUAGGGACAGAGUGGGUGACAAGUUUCAGGAAGAUGGACUUGAAGGUGAUUUGAAUAAACUCAAGGAGCUUUUCGCUUCCGGUUCUAUGGAUAACUCUGUGGAUAAGGUUUGCAAUAGAGUUUGUAAGAUUGUGAUGAAGGAUCAGUGGAAUGCUGAUCUGGAGAAACAGCUUAGGGAUUUGAGACUUGAGUUUAACGGUGAUCUGGUGAAGAUGGUAGUGGAGAAACUCGACGUGGAGCCGAGGAAGGCGUUGCUGUUCUUUCGGUGGGUAGAUGAGUCUGGUUGUUUUAAGCAUGAUGAGAAGACUUAUAACGCUAUGGCUAGGGUUUUGGGAAAAGAGAAGUUUCUUGAUAGGUUUCAGAACCUUAUUGAAGAAAUGAGGAGUGUUGGUUACGAGAUGGAGAUGGAGACUUAUGUUAGGGUUUCGGCAAGGUUCUGUCAGACUAGAAUGAUUAGAGAAGCUGUGGAGUUGUUCGAGUUUGCAAUGGCGGGGAGCAAGAGCAACACACCCACAGGGCACUGCUGCUGUUUACUUCUCAAGAAGAUUGUCACUACUAAGAAACUUGACAUGGAUUUGUUUUCAACAACUGUUAAAGCUUAUACAGGAAAUGGCAAUGCUAUGACGGAUCAGAUGCUGCAGAGUGUGCUCAAGUCUUUGAGAAGCGUUGAUAGGUUUGAGCAGAGCAAUGAGGUGUUGAAGGCCAUGAAAGAAGGCGGUUAUAUUCCUAGCGGUGAUCUGCAGAGUGUGAUUGCGUCGGGACUUAGCCGUAAGGGAAAGAAAGAUGAAGCCAAUGAACUUGUGGAUUUCAUGGAAGCCUCUGGAGAUCAUCUGGAUGACAAAGCCAUGGCAUCUUUAGUUGAAGGGCAUUGUGAUGCCAAAGAUCUAGAGGAAGCUUCAGUGUGUUUCAAGAAGAUGAUUGGCAAAGAGGGAGUCUCUUACGCAGGUUAUGCAUUUGAGAAGCUGGUACUUGCAUAUUGCAACAGUUUUCAGGCAAGAGAUGUAUACAAGCUUUUCACCGAGCUAGUGAAACAGAACCAGUUGAAGCCUUGGCACAGUACUUACAAAAUCAUGGUGAGGAAUCUAUUGAUGAAGAAAGUAGCAAGAGAUGGUGGGUUUGAAGAAGCUUUGAGUCUUCUACCUCUGAUGAGAAAUCACGGUUUCCCUCCAUUCGUUGACCCGUUCUUAGAUUACUUAGCUAAUAGUGGAACAGGAGCAGAAGCUUUCGCUUUCCUCAAGGCUUUGACUUCUAAGAAGUUUCCAUCCAACUUAAUGGUUCUGCGUGUAUUUGAAGCUAUGUUGAAGUCUGCAAGGCAUAGUGAAGCUCAGGAUCUGAUGUCUCUAUGUCCCAGUUAUAUCCGUCGGAAUGCAGAUGUUCUACAACUUUUCAGUUCCAUGAAAGCUGAUCAAUGUUCUUUAGAGAAACCUUUGCCUGCACCCGCUCAAAUAGAAGCCUAAUACAUCAAAGAUGUUUGGAGAUGGUGAAUCGAAAAGCUUAGGCAGAGAAUGUAACAGAGCAGUAGAUUUUGGUGAACUUGAUGCACUGGAAAAUAUGUUCUUUUUUCAAAUAGUGGAGAAAACAAUUCAAAAGUGUUUCAAAAUAAAAUGAAUUUAGAUAUUUUAAGUAGA